AGGUAGUCAAGGCGCUCAUAUGGAAGUGUGCCACUCGAUUUGGGAAAUGCGCGAGCACGAAUCUUGCACUAGAAAACAGACGGCGGAUUAGUUGCGCGUGAAGAAGAUAAAAACCUCCAAACACUGUUUACUCCAGAAGGAACUAUUUUAAACAUUUCACAGGUGGUAUUCGCGUGCAUCUUCCAUGUAUUGGAUUCAAUUAAGUGACCUGUCACCACUGACCUUUUAGGAAAACAGUAAGAUAAAAACAUCGCGGAUAGGAUGUUUAGCACUUUUACCGGAUUGCUUAAUUGUAUUUGGUAGCUUGGAGAAAGCAACGCACACUUUACUACGGACAAGCAAGACACGAACUGGCCACCUAGAACCGUUCUGUGGGAUUUAUGGUUAAGAUUUAUGGUGGAUGGACUGUUUGGAUUUUUUUCUACGCUUAGACUUGCCUUGGCAUUCGAGAUGGGCUAUUUGACAUCACUGUUACAACUCGUCGCGGUCCAGUUGAGCCUUUUACCUGCACAGAGUUCUUCCUUAGUAAACAUAAACAGCACUGCUAAAGUGAUGCUGUUUCAAGAGGUCUGGGGGAAAAGCUUCUGCCGCACCAUAGAGAAGCUAGUGGAAGUGGUUCAGGAGUACCCUGGGGAGGUGGAGCACAUCUUCAGCCCCGCCUGCCUGCCAUUGGUCCGCUGCGCUGGUUGCUGUGGAGAUGAGAAUCUGGAGUGUCACCCUACGCUCACUUCUAACACCACCAUGCAAUUGUUAAAGAUCAAGCCAGCGGAGCAGGGCCAGGAAUAUGUGGAGAUGACCUUUGUCGAGCACAAAGCCUGUGAAUGUAGACCAAAAAAAUCUACAACAAAACAAGACAGAUGGAAACCCAGAAACAGAGGGAGAAAAAGGAAGGAGAAAAAGAGAGCGAAAGAUUGUGACAACUGUCAGCCUCCCCGUAGGUAAACGCUGUCUCGCCGUGAUGCCAGCCAAUCGUGCACAUUCGCCCCCUUCUGUGCGACCCUCACCGUCAUCAUCGUUAACCAUCCCCGAUGCAGAGUUGUCAUGAUGAGUGGGCUUCUGUCAGCACAUGGGGGCCUUCCAGUCAUCUAUACAGGGAACUCCUGUCAUACAGCUCUCUACAGAAGAAAAACAACUGAAGACCAAACCUAAAAUCUGAGGCUGAACGGAACCCUAUGGACUUAAAAUAUUAUAAUAUAAUAAGAUUGUUAAUUAUUGUUUUAUAUUAGCUGUAUUGAAAGUAGUAUAGUAAUAGUAGUGGUACUGGUUUCACUACCAGCUUUUCAGAGUCUUCCUUUUUUAUUUAUUAAAACCCACUGAAGUAAAACUGGUGCAUUCCAUGAAUCGAUAUAUUAACAAAGCCAUUGUGUGUGUAUUUGUUUAUAAAUCCAGAAGGAAGCAGAGAACAAAAUGGCAAAGGUCAUCUCUGUAGAUUAUGUUACUGCUAUGCUAAGACUAUAUUACACUUUAAUAUCUGAAAACCAUGUUAGACAAUCUUUUCAUAGAUAGUAUUUUCUGUUUGUGUUUUAAAGCUUCUCUGUGGCUUUAGCCCUCGACUUGAGCAUUAAAUUGACAUACUGACCUCUAGUGGUAAUAAUAAAAUCAUUAUUUUCACAAUGUUUUUCUUCGAAUAAUACUGAUCUGAAAGCUAUCCCAUUCUAAUAUACAUAUCAUUAUAAUAUUUCAACUUUGGCAAAAAUUAAAGGUUUGAUGUGUGCACUAUGUAAGGAUGAAGACUUUGCUCUGAAAGGGCCUGUCAACAAGAAACGAGACAGACGUUCAUCACGAUAUGAGUGAAUGUUGGUGCUUUGUAAUAUUGUUUUGUCAAUGAAAAUGACUGAAUUUCCACACUUUGGACUCAGGUCUCUAAAGUGCCAGAAUUAAACCAAAGAAGCAUUAUUAUCUAUGCUGCUGGCCAUAAAUAUAAAUACAAUAGUUUUCAUCAAAGGGCUAUUUAAUUCCAAAUGUAUAAAAUUUAUGUUUUUCAAAAUAUAGUUAAUAUGUAUUAAUAUUAGACAACUUUAAGAG